AUGGGUCCCAACAUUGCUCUUACCGUCAUGUCCGGUGUGGACGCUACCAUGGAUGGCCACAUGUCACAGAAUGGUGGCUCGGCCAUGUCUUCAGCUAGCUUUCUCGUUAGCCCCUUCCAAGCCUUCAAUGAGCGCGCUCAGGCCGAUGGCUUCAUGCUGAAGUGGUGGUUCAACAACACCGUUGUCGAAAGCUCUGGUGGUGGUAUGAUGCUCAGCGACGGUUCUGAUGCUGAGAUAUAUGAGACGACCCUUGGUAUUGCUGACGGCGCUGAUGCCUGCGUUGUGUUCAUCAACGCUUGGGCUGGUGAGGGAGGUGACAGGAGCGAGUUGGCCAACGCUGAGGGCGACCACCUUGUGAACACCGUUGCCGACAACUGCAACAACACCAUCGUCGUCGUCAACACUUGGGCCACCCACGAGAACGUCACCGGCGUCUAUUACGGUGGACCUCUUGGCCAAUCCUCUGGCCAUGCCAUCAACGACGUUCUCUUCGGUGAUGUCAAUCCCUCCGGCAAGCUCAUCCACACCAUCGCCAAGUACGAAUCCGAUUAUGACCCGAACACGCAAAUCAGCGGGGAGUCCGUGAUCAGCUUCCCUGAGGACAACUACAUCGACUAUAAGUAUUUCGAUCAGAAGAACUCCACCCCCCGCUACGAAUUCGGAUUUGGCCUCUCGUACACCACUUACCUCUUCCUGGCGUACACCCGUCUUGAUACGCUCUCUCACGUCGCAAUUGACGGGAAAAGUGACGUGGGCGGCCCUCCCUCCACUGUCGCAAGCUUGUAACACACACCUUCCUCCCAACAAUUGCACGUGUCUGACUGUUGUCAUUUCCUAGGUCUUCGCUCCUGCCUUAUACAACGUACGCGCAUUGCAGCUCAUAUAUAUCCCAGUAUCUGAGUCUGCCAAAGCUAGAACAAGGAAGGUCCAAGGAAGGUUCAAAGGAGCGAUAA